AACAUUGGCCAUGGCUUGCUGACGGCAUGGAUGCGGACUGUGAAAAGGUGCUGUUGUUUGGCACUUUAAUUUGACAUUUUAAUGUUUAAGACGUAGCAACACUCUAUGUGGACGAUAUUUGCCAGCAAUUAGUAGAUUCGUUGGCUUUUCUGGUGUGACUGUCCGAAUCUUUUUAAACAGACACAACAAGGCCUAGGCUAGGCCUGCCCUGCUGGAUAGAGGUAAGUUUAAUCAAUCCAUCAUGUUGGACCAGAUGUUCCAACCAACAGAUUCUGUUGGCCUGAGUAUACGACCAGCUUCAUCUGGAGUGUUUUUUACACCACGUGAGAUCCUUAAAACAGCUCAGAGUAUGCGACGACCCAGUAACCAGAAGUCAUUACCUGACCAAGUCAGUAGAAGCUGGUCUGCAGGAUCGUCAUCUCCUUCUACAUUCUCUGUCAAUGUGAAUCUAAGCAGUAUUGAAGUUGAGCAGCUUUUAAAAGAUAAAGUUAUACAUCAUUAUCACAACCUUAAACAGGCCUUUCAAAAUUAUGAUAUUGACCAGAGCAUGACAAUAACUCGAGGGGAGCUGCGAAGAGUACUUGACACCUUCUGCUUCCCUCUGACCACAGAACAGUUUGACAGCGUCAUGGCAAAGGUGCCAGCAAAUUCUAAUGGCACCAUCAAUUAUUGCGAUUUCCUGGACCGAUUCGCUGGAAGGUCAGAUGGAUCAAGAGAAUCAUGGAAGAUGACAUCUGGUCACAGGUAUAGCUACACACAAUCUCCACAUGACAUGGGUGUUGAUGUACUAGAACGUCAGUUACGCGAGAGAAUCGGAGCCAACAUGAAAAAUGUUGUCAGGGCGUUGCGAUUAUUUGACUACAACCGGGACGGCCGUAUUCAAAAACAUGAGAUGCGAAAAGUUCUGGAGAAUUACUGCUUACGUAUGUCUGAUGGUCAAUUUGAUAGGUUAUGGGCUCGGUAUGACUUCCAUCAUUCAGGGAUCGUCAACUACUAUGAAUUCUUAAAACGACUCGGAAUCAAUGUUGACAGACAAAGGAAGGUGAUGCCAGAGGGAGCAAAGGUGGGACUUGGGUUCAAUGAAAGGCAGAGCCUUCGUCAGAAGGACACAGAAAGAUUGGCAGUGAUCAACAGAACGGAUGACAUGGUGAAAGGAAUGAAUUUUAAACAGAUUGAAGCAGAACUACGAAGAAGAAUGAAAGAGAACUAUGUGAACCUUAAGAAAGCCUUCAUGGCCUUUGAUUCGAAGCAAGAUGGUUACAUAACUCUUGAAGACCUGAAAUCUGUCCUCAUUCAUUUCACAUUACCAAUGUCUGACCAGCUUUUUUCACAGUUGAUGGAUAGUUGUGGACUGAAAGCAUCGCACAAGGUUCCAUGGGAGCAUUUCCUAGAGAAAUUCCAGCAUCCAAGAAUUGAAGGAAACGGACAAACAUUACCCAUAAAGUGUAAUCACAAAGUGAAUCCCAUUCGAGAGGCAGAGUAUGACGUGGACAUGAAAGAACUACUGAAGAUGUUGCACAAACAUGUUACUAGCAGAUACACUUCACUAAAAGAUGCUUUCCUUGUCUUCGAUUAUAAUCAUGAUGGAAAAGUUAGUAGGAAGGAAUUCAAGAAGAUUCUAGAAAAGUUUGCAAUCCACCUGAAUAGAGGUCAGGUGCAGGCUCUGAUGAAUUAUCUUGAUGCAGAUUGCAAAAACUCCAUUCAGUACCAUCACUUCCUAGACCUCUUUGAAGUUAGAGAAACUGAGGAAGGGCAUAAAUGGCUGAACUCAGCACACCGGUAUAAUAGUGAACCAGCACCGGCUACACUUGCAUGGAGUACCGUGGAAGACCUCUUGAAGGAAAAAAUAGUUGAAUAUUGGAAACCAUUAAGUACAGCAUUUAGGAGCAUGGAUCCGGAUAAAACUGGUUGUAUCACAAAACGGAAUCUACGCAAGUUGUUGAACCGACAUGUAAUGGCACUGGCCAAUGAUCAUCUUGACAGUCUGUGGAACCAGUGUGAAGAGGGAAGUGAUGGUAAGAUUUAUUUGGCACAGUUCUUGGAUGUGCUUGGUGUUGAUGCCUCACCAGGAGAUGUCACAGGCACCAGUACACACAUCCAUGUUCUUAGUGACCUCAAGGAACAGCAGCGGCAAGCAGACUUGGAUAUGCGUCUCCAGCAAGUUCAAAUGAACGCCCUUAACCAAACCAACCAGAUGUCAGCAGAUACCGUCAUCUUAAAGUUAAAGGACCGAAUGUCGCAGAAGUCAUCACAGAUGCGACAGAACUUUUUGCGGUAUUGCAAAAACAAAAAAGGAAAACUGUACAAGAAGGAAUUCAGAGAGGUGUUGGAAAGUUUUGGUAUGUACAUGUCAGAUGAACAGUUUGACAUUCUUUGUUCCCAUAUCGGUAUUUCGAAAACCCCACUAACCUACACUGACUUCAUAGAACAUUUUGAAGAUCUGCGUGUAGAUGGACCUGGUGCAGAAAUACAGCAUACGUCAAACCACCGAUACACCAACCUCCCGAUACAGACAAUGACUGCAGAGGAAGUUGGAUCCAAGCUACUUAAAAAACUUAGGGAAGUUUAUGGAAAUUUAAGGGAUGCCUUCUACAAAUUGGACGAUGACCAUGAUGGACAAAUAGGCCGAGAUGAUUUUCGGCGAGUAAUGGACUCCAUGAUGUUUGUAAUAUCUGAUCAAGAAUUCAUAGCACUCAUGUCUCGUCUUGGUAUCAGCAGGCGAACUAAGCUCAACUAUCGACAGUUCCUGGACAAAUUUGAGGUGGUAGAUACUGAUGAAGGCCACAAAUGGCUGGACUCGGAUCAUAGAUAUAACAGCACUCUAGCACCAGCUAAAAUGGCUGCAGAUGAAGUGCAUCAGAUUUUGGUUGCUAAGGCGGAACGUCAGUACCAGGAUCUAGCGAAAGCUUUCAGGUCCAUUGAUAAAAACAGCAAUGGUGUCAUCACACGAAAGGAACUCCGUGACCUGCUGUAUACAUUUAUGAUACCCAUGACCAGAGAAGAGUUUGGCCUGCUUUGGAAAAGGUAUGAUCCCCAAGAUAAAGGUUACAUUGACCAUCAGCACUUUUUGAAGAUGAUGGGUCGGGCAUUUGCCCCAGGAGACACAGAGGGUGUUAGCAAAAGAAUUGUUGAAGACUCCCAGGCAACCCUUGAGCUACACCAUAAUGGGCAGCAAGAAAAACAGAUGAACAUUACACUAAACCAAGCCCAGAAUGCAACAUUUAUCUCAGCUGAUGAGUUGGAACAGAAACUAAAGGAUCGUUUUAGGGAUAAAUACAGCUCUUUCCAGGCAGCCUUCAAUGCCAUUGACACGGCCAAAACUGGCAAGGUCUCCAUCAAAGAUCUCCAGAAGAUUCUUCUUGAUCAUAACUACCUGGUCAAUGAUGACACUCUAAAGGAGUUUUUGUUCAGGAUUGGCUUGACAUCGGGCAGCAACAUGUUAAACUACUCAGACUUUCUAGAUGCUUUUGACGAGGCUCGCGAAUCUAGGUACCGACAGAAAAACCUCCCAGUAGUUCGUGUUGAAUCAUUCUCUCAUCUUCCAGCAGACAAGGCUGUCAAAAAGAUCAAGUUGAUGGUGACAGAGAAUGCAGGUGUCUUGAGAGCUGCGUUUGGUGCAUUUGAUCGUGAAAAGCGAGGUCGUGUUGACGCUUCCCAGUUCCGUCGCAUCCUUGAUAACUUCUGCUUCAAGUUGACAAAUAAACAGUUUAAGGCUCUGAUGGCCCAGGUCAAAGUUCACACAGAUUGUUCGAUCAAUUAUUCAGCAUUUCUUGAGGAAUUCACUACUAGUGAACAAGAUCUUGCACAGAACUGGUUUGAAUCAUUGCAAAAGCAAGAGAAGAAAGACCUGUCCCCACAACAAAUCAGCCUGAUGGAAAUUCAGAAUGAACUGAGAGAGAUGGUUGCUGCUCGUCAAGAGCUCUUCAUGGAGCGUUUCAGUGGCAUAGACUAUGCUAACAUAGGAGUCGUCACCAGGGAUGAUUUCCGCAAUGUGAUCAAUGAGCUUGCUUUUAGACUAAAUGAUGCACAGUUUGACCUUCUCUGGAGUACAGUUGAAGUGAAUGAAUUUGGGAAUAUGAAUUAUCGACAGUUUAUAAAGAGGUAUUCUGACCUGGAUGUAUCAGAGGAGAUAGAUGAUGUAUUGAAACCACUGGAAUUGGGACAGAUUCCACAUUCUGCAAGCCCAAGAAGAAUCUACAGUAGACAAACACACAGCUCCCUCUCUAGCCGAGCAGGUACAGUGACACCAAUGGUGAAUGCAGAAAAUAUUGAGCACAAAUUAAAACACAAGAUCUUUAAAUAUUGGCAGAAAAUAAGAACUCACUGUCGCUCAAAGGAUCCUGACGAUACAGGAUUUAUAGACGUCUACGAUUUUAAAGAAAUCAUAGAAGACCUUAAUUUGGUCAUACCAGCCGAUGAUUUCAGAAACCUGAUGGCAAAAUAUGACAUCAAGGAAAAUGGAAAGUUCAGUUACAAUUAUUUCUUGCGUAAUUUUGUCCUAAACAUGAAACCAACCAAAGGCAAUGGAGACAGGAAUAUAACAUCUCGUCAGCGUAUCCACAGAUCUCGUCAUCCCAUGACCCCUGGUACAGCAAGUAGUGAUAUGCUUGACGUCAUGCUGCGCGUCGGUGAGUGUGUUGUGCAGGAUUGGAAGAAAAUGCGGCGUAUAUUCCGUGGCAUGGAUCCAACAGCGGAGGGGUACAUCACUACAAAGCAGUUCAGAGACGUCCUCCGUCAGUUCAUGAUCAACCUCAGCGAGGACGAGUUCUUUCAUUUGAUGACAUACUACGAUAGAAAUCUUGAAGGAAGAAUAUCUUAUAAUGAUUUCUUACGAGCUUAUCUCAGAUAAAUUGAUUAAUUACAUUAAAUCCAACAGAUUAAAAACGUUUUUUUUUUUUUUAAGUUGUUCAUGUAAAAAAUCUUCCGCAUAUACUAAGUCAGCCUUAAAAUAAAAUAACUUUCCUUAAAUUUGUUUUCCACCAAAGCAGGCAUACAUGAUACAACACAAAGUAAAUAAUUAUAUAUUACUGGAACUGUCAUGAAUUUCUUAUUGUUUACAAUACAUUUCUAACACAACUGUAUUGAAUAUUCAAUCAUGGUACAUAUAUUUUUAUAAAUAUUCACACUAUUUAUAUAGAAUAUUCAUAUAUAUAGCAUACUUUUAUAAAGCAAUUUAUUGUGGGUUUUUUUUAUAUUUUAUCGUAAAAAUUAUUACAAUUAUGCCCACCAUUUCUUCUAUCCUAUUUUUCUUUACCAAUUUAUUUGUAAAUGGUCAGUCAAAUAUUGUACGGUUGUUGGCAAGAGUGAAUUAAAAAUAUAAACAUAA